AUGACAAUACUUAGAAAGCUCAAAACGCGGUUGAACCUACGAUUGAAAAGUACAGAAAUCGAACAAGAACAAGUACAAGAACAAGAACUUGAUUUUGAUACAGAUCUACAACAACAACAAAGACAAUUACAGCUACAUCAACAAGAGCAUGAACAUGAACAACAGGAACAUUACCAGCAGCAACAACACCAACGACUACACCAAAAACAACGGAAACAAAUCAUCAGCAAUAAACUUCAUCGACGAUCUACCUCGCAAUCAGACUUGAUAUUCAAACGCUCAAAAAGCAAGAGCAAUUCGCACUCACGAACCUCCUCAAUCACAUUUCCCGACGGCUCUAUACCCGAAGAAUAUGGCCUUCCGCCAAUUUUCAAAGUUCAGGACUUGAAUAAUUUGCAGCGGUUCGAGUUGAUCAGAUACCUUGAUGCAUUCAAUGUGUCAUACGAAGGAAGAAGCGAAGAAGAAAUGAGGGGCUUACUAAAAGAAUUCUUUGCCGUACGGUGA